AGAAGAAAACCAGGACGCACGUUUUGAUGUAAAGCAGCUCGCCCAGCAGAAGUGGUUAGUUUCAUGGACCUGAUGAGUAUAUCGCCACAUUAACCAGUCUUUGCCCUAUAAAAACACUGGUCUGGUUUCACUCGCAGGCGCCAAUCAUGCAGGCUGACGUGCCGCCCCGUGAAGACUUGGGCCGGGCGCUGUGCAUCAUCACCGGGGCCUCCAGAGGAUUUGGCCGGACGAUAUCGAAGGAAGUCUCCCGGCUGGUGAAGCCGCGGUCUGUGCUGGUCCUAGCGGCCCGGUCCGGGGACGACCUGCGGGCUCUGCAGGCGGAUCUGGCCGCGUCGGACGCAGGCGGGACAGGCCUGGUGGUACACUGUGUAGAGGCGGACCUGGGGCUGAAGGAAGGGGUGGAAAGUGUUAUCAGAGCAUCCAAAGAGGCGUCCUCUGAAGACAUCGAUCAUCUCAUAUUAGUCAACAAUGCUGGCUCUCUAGGGGACGUGUCUCGCUACACCAAGAGCUUCAUCAACAUGUCUGAGGUGGACUCCUACUUGUCGUUCAAUGUCAGUUCGGCCAUGUGCCUCACUGCUGGCGUGCUGCAGGCUUUCCCACAGCGGGCUGGUCUGAAGCGAACCAUCGUCAACAUCACGUCGCUGUGCGCCUUGCAGCCUUUCCCCUCCUGGGUGCUGUACUGCACCGGCAAGGCUGCCCGGGAGAUGAUAUUCAGGGUGUUGGCAGAGGAGGAGCCUGACCUGCGGGUGCUCAGCUAUUCUCCAGGGCCUCUGGAUACAGCCAUGCAGAUGGAGGCCAGAACCAAAACAGCCGACCCCAGCCUCAGGGAGACCUACUCAGCCAUGUUCUCCCAGGGCCAGCUGCUGACCUGUGAGGCCUCCUGCGCCAAGCUGAUGAAGGUGCUGCUGGAAGAUGACUACCCAUCCGGAGCUCACCUCGAUGUCUAUGAUGUGUAGAGACCUCACGUACUUACAGCAACGAGAUUAGUUGAGUUGUGAUUUAAGAUUCUCCAGAUGGGACAGAAGAAUUUGUCUGAGACAAAAUAUUUUGCCUUGAUGAAAAGGUUAACAUGUUUUUGGUGAUAGAAAAGUAGAUUAAUGUUCAUUUGAGUUGAUCAUAUGACUCGACAUUCCUUCUUGACAAACUUCUCUCUCAGGUUGUCACUUUCUUUGAUAAAGGAUAAACCUGUUGCAAGAAUAGAAAUUAACCAAUGCUCAGGGGGAAGGGGCCCUUGUGAUUUCUCAAAAAAAUAAAAUAGAGCACGCUGCCUAAAGCGGUGGAGAAUGCAGGUCUCAAACAAAAUACUGUGACAAUAAAAAUAAAGCAACCAAUUUGGUGUAAAACCGAACACUUUGGGAGUUAGUUAUUGGGGACAGAGUGAGGAAAAUGCCUGUGACAAGUUUCCAGAGGUGGGAGUUUAAAACAAAUCACAAUGGUAAUAACUUAAUGUUUCUAAUGAAUAGAUGUAGAUACAACUAUAAAAUAAGAGAAACAGUUUUUGGUGUGUGGUUGAAUUUCAGCUAUAAACCUUGAUGAGUGUGAACAGAACAAAAGGAAGUGACAUAAUUUUUAGCCAUAUAAGAUGGUUAAUGUGUUGUCCUGGCCAACAGUUUGGCUCUGCUCACCAUAAAAAUUAUUAACUGGAAUGGUUAGAACAAUUGUUUUCUCCCCCCUAAGACUUUUGCAUUCACUUCCAAACCUUUUACAUUAUCCAGAGACUUUCAUUGUAGCAGUAGUAGUAUGUUUUAUUCAGUCAUCAACGCACAGUGCAAUAACAGUAUAUACAAUAUAUAAUCUAUUAUACAAUAAAUAUAAAGAGUCUAGACAGUAUACUGUAAACACAGUAAUUAAAAGUGAGACUGAAAAGGCACAGGCAUAACCUUCCCAUAUGCCUGCCCUACUUUCUUAUCAGUUUUACCUUCCAGAAAUAGAAAAUAAUAAGUUAAGCACCGAACUGUCAUAUAUCUCAAACCAAAUCAAAUGACUGUAAACUGUAUCUUUAUGGUUUGUUUACCAGCUGGUGAUGCUAUUGUGAUAUUUCUGCUCUUGUUCAGGUCGUGAGCUCACAGUCAUCUGCAGUCCUGUCAAAUACAGUGAGAGCUGCAGAGGAUAGUGUCAUGGUGCCUUACCUGAAAUAUCUGUUUAAAAUCUGUGUUACAUUUCUCUUGUGUACUUUGUCUGUUCCACGUUGUUCAGAGUUGUAAACAGUGAAUGACGCUGGUGCUGUGCUUUAACAUUUUGAUAUGUCGAGUCUUUAAUGAAGAUGUUGCUUUUCAUUUUCCACUCAAGCUUCAUGUGACCAGGUCGGUCUGCUCUACACAAAUAAUUAUUUGUGUGUUCACUUUAAUAUAUGAAUAUGUGUUUCACACAUUCCUCUAGAGAAUGCUUGCUUUAUUGUAUAUGAAUAUUAUUACUGAAAAACAGUUUAAUAUGUAAUUGUUCUCAAUUGGUUCUCCAAAUCACUUUAUUGUAAUUUGUAGCCGUAUAUUACAGAAAUAAACAAAUAAAAUCAAUUUAUCA